AUGCUAGUGACCGAGCUCUACAACCCAGCAAAUCAACGAGACCCCGCCAGGAUUCACGAGAUUCAAGCUCGCCUUCAGCAACUUCAAAAAACAGACCAUGCAUGGGCAAUCGCGGAUUCCCUUCUGCACACUGAACAUUCAUCCCAACAUCGGUUCAUGGGAGCCCUCACCUUUACGGUGAAGAUCAAUGUUUCGUGGAGUGAAAUCGACGAAAAUGGCGCAAGCGAGAUCACGCAACAUUUGAUCAAUCGAUUUGUGGAUUUGGUCAACGAGGGGGAACAAGCGCUGGUGGUGCGAAAACUGGCUUCUAGCCUGGUUGCGAUACUCAGGCACCCGGCCACACCCAUGAAACAAGCUGUGUUGCAGUUGGCCGCAAGUCUCGCACAUGGUGAAUUCGUCUCGGAAGAACUGGUACAAGGCGUGGACUUUGAAGAACGGAUACUGCCAAGGUUGAACCAGCACGCGUCCGGGGCGCUGUUGUUCUUUUCAAUUGCACUUGCUGAGGAGGCUCUUCGGGUGGAUUCCGAACCUCAAGCCGGGGCUGGGCAGACCUCCGCUCUCCAGCGAGCCAUAUUGAACAUGAAAGAUGGACUUACUUUUGUUCAGUUCAUUCUGAGAAAUAUGAUGCUAAUUGCGCGCACGGCUGGAGAAAAUGUGGUCAGUGUUGAUCUGGCUGCUGAGGCGAUGAGCUCAUGGAAGACAUGGCUAGGUUUUCACGGAAUCCGUCAGCGCUCAGUCACCGACGAGGUCAACGCACUCGCCAUCAGUUGCGGGAAGACUGUCAUUGAGACACUCCGGGUACCUUGCUUAAGCGAAUCCGCAGCUUCUAUCCUGACCCAUGCCUUUGAAACCCGUCGUUGGGUUUUCGACAAUAGCUCCCUAUCUCUCGUUGCUGAGGUGAUCGCUGAUUCAAUCGUGACUGCUCAUAUUGUGGCCGUGAGAAAUGGCGACGCAGGAGUUGAGAGCAUGUCGUUCGUCGAUCUUCUCAUAGCCUAUGUCUCGCAUCUACACUUGGACAUCUUCACCGCCCCUUUGUCCCCGCAAAAUGAGGUGGUUCUUCAACUCAUCCAUGGUAUCUUCAAGACCCCGGGCUAUGCGUCUAUUGACGAUCUCGGUACCCCGCGUGUCUUGGAAUUCUGGAACGAGGUUGCCGAAAGUCUUUUAGAUGACAUCGAACCAGACAGUCCCAGAUACGGACUGAUCAAGUCACAUUUGGCUGAGGUGGUUCUGAGCCUCUCCAGCAAAUUGCUUUACCCGACCGCUGAAGACUUGGAAGACUGGAGUGAUGAGGAGCGCAGCGAGUUCGGCGCUUUCCGCCAUGAAGCGUGUGACUACUUGCUUUCAGCAUAUCCUAUCCUUGGCGUCGAACUAGUGACCGUCUUCCAACAAAGCGCAACAUCUCACCUACAGAGCGGGGAUUGGCGCAACUUUGAGACUGCCAUAUUUUGCAUCGCCCAACUCUCGGAGGCAGUCGACGAGAAUGGCCAUGCCGACCAGUGUCUCGACGCCAUCUUUGGUAGCGAUGCUUUUGCCCGGCUCUGUGCCGGUGGGGAGACUGGCAUACCUCUCAAAGCUCGCCAAACCUUGGUCGACUCAUUUGGGAAGUACGAGUCAUACUUCCAACGUCACAGCUCCUUGCUUCCAGGCGUUCUCAGCAUUCUCUUCGAGUCUCUCAACUUUGAACUCUGUGCCCAAGCAGCUUCUAGGUCGAUCCUCACACUAUCCAAGUCCUGCGCCCGCCUUUUGACAUCAGAUUUGCCAGCAUUCUUGGAUCAACUAGACCAAUUCAGAAGCAAGCCAACGGCUACUGCUUCUACAAUGCCAAAGGUUCUCGAGGGAAUUGCGACCAUCAUCCAGAACCUGCCCACCGACGGGGAGAAAGUCCAGAUGCUAGAAAGAAUUCUUGGCUUCUUUGUCCAGGAAGCUAAAACGGCUUGUCAAGAAGUCACCGGGCCUGCUCAUGAGAACGGUCGUCUGCGCGGGCAUCUGGUUCUGAGCUGCAUUGCUAGCAUUGGCAAAGGCCUCCGUUCAGAUGUCGAGACAAUCAGCGUCGAUGAUCUGCCCGAUGAGGGCCCCUACCCCCCCGUCAUUCUGGAACUCUGGUCCGGGCGCCGAGUCUCAGCGUCUGCUCAUGGAAGCCAUGAGCCUUCUCAUUCCUGUGAUAUUCUGAGGGCUGGGUACACUGAGCGAGCCGGGCUCUUCGUUUUCCCGCCCUCAAUGACAGUCGACUUCAUCAAGAGCUUCCCUCUCGGCAUAUCAGGCACAGACAUUAUCAUGGCAACUGCUUCAUCUUUCUUAUCCUCCCACGCAUCUCACGUGAUGCAGGUUCGCAGCGAGGCAGAGGCGUUGAUUGAUCACGUCGCCCGGCUAUUCUCCUCAAUGAUGCAAAACCCAGACGCAUAUGACCCAGAGACUGCCAAUGCCGGUAUUGACUUCCUAGCCCGCCUGCUCCCAAAAUACUACCCGAUCCUAUUCACUCCCGCGGGCUCUACCGCCGAGUCCCCCCUCGCUGUACUGCUUCACUUCACGCUCGACGCCAUGACUCGCCCGGAGCCACUCCCCUCCGAGCCGCAGCGGCAUUCUGACGAAGUCCAUCAAGAGUUCGUCCCCCGGUUAUGUUAUACAAUCGUUCAGCAGAUCGCAGGCCGAUGCGCAAGAUCAGAUCUAGUGUUCUUGAACGAUGCCCUACGACGCGCUAUCUUCAAGAAAAUGGCACUGGCGCGACCUGCUCUGAAAGCCGCUCUUGAGCCUUUGAACGCCCAAGUCACGGACUCCACUGGACAGCAGAUUCCUCUUCUCUCGGCGCAGGACAAGUCCCGAUUCGUGGAGUCUCUUGUUAUUGCUCGGGGCGCUCAGAAGCCAUCUUUGGACAUCGUGCGAGCCUUCUGGUUGAAGUUCCGGGGGAUGGAUUUUGAUUAUGCACAGUAA